AUGUCUCUGUUAUCUCGCCUCCGCCAUGCUACGCUCGCCCACCACACUCGCCACCUCUCCACCGCCGCCUCAGUCUCCACCAAGGACAAGACCAGAGCUGCCCUCUCUCUCCUCAAGGCCGAGAAAGACCCCACCAAAAUCCUCGAAAUCUGCAAAACCGCGUCCCUAACCCCCGAGUCUCACCUUGACCGCGUCACCUUUUCCGUCGCCAUCAACAAGCUCAGAGACGAUAACCACUACGACUUGAUCCGCCAAUUCCUCGACGAUCUGUUCGUCUCCCGCCCCGACCUCAAAACGCAGCGUUUCGCUUCCCACGCUAUCGUCCUCUACGGCCAGGCCGAUAUGCUCGACGACGCUGUUCGCACUUUCGAACAGUGCGACGGAAUGGGUAUCCCUCGGAACGUGAAAACGCUCAACGCUCUGUUGCUUGCUUGCAUUUUUGCCAAGAAUUACAAGGAGGUAAACAGGGUUUUUCUAGAGUUCCCAAAAGUUUAUGGGAUUGAGCCCAAUUUGGAUACUUACAAUUAUGUGAUCAAGGCGUUUUCGGAGUCUGGUUCGACGAGCUCGGCCUAUUCGGUGUUGGCCGAGAUGGAGAGGAAGAAUGUGAAGCCGGAUGCGAAUACUUUUGGGCAUUUUCUUACAGGGUUUUAUACUGAGAUGAAGUUUGAAGAUGUUGGGAAGGUGACGAAUUUGAUGGAGAAGCAUGGGUUUCAACCUGGGCUUAGUACAUAUAACAUUAGGAUCAAGAGUUUGUGCAAGUUGAGGAGGUCUGCGGAAGCCAAGGCAUUGUUAGAUGGAAUGUUGUCUAGGGGUAUGAAGGCAAAUGCAGUCACUUACUGCCAUUUGAUUCAUGGGUUUUGCAGGGAAAGCAAUUUGGAUGAAGCAAAGAAGCUGUUUAAGAAUAUGGUGAACAGGGGCUUCCAGCCUGAUUCUAACUGCUAUCAUACUCUUGUUCACUUUCUAUGCAAAGGUGGGGAGUUUGAGAGUGCUUUGCAGUUUGCUAAAGAGAGUAUUGAGAAGAAUUGGGUUCCGAAUUUCGCAACGAUGAAGUCCCUUGUGGAAGGGCUUGUGAGCAUUUCCAAGGUAUCAGAGGCUCGGGAGCUUGUUGGGCAAAUGAAGGAGAGAUUCACAGUAAAUCAAGAUCAGUGGAAUGAAAUUGAAGCAGGCUUGCCACAGUAA